AUGUCAAAUGAUUCACCUAAUUCAAACAAAUCCAAGGCUACUAGAAAACAACCCGAUCUUCGACAAUUCUUGUCUAAAAGAAAGAAACUCCAUGAAAAUGAGUCCAAUAACUCCCCUUCAUUAAGCCCCCCUCAAAGUCAAGAAGAUGAUAUGGAAAUGGGUGGUUCAAGUACUUGUAAUGUACCAUUGGAGGAAAAUUUGGUAUACGAUGUUGAACUUCUUCCUCAUGAUCCGGGAAAAAGAAUAAACAUAAUGGAUUACCCCGCAAAUGAACGAAAUGCAGUUAGGAGGGGUUAUAUUCUUAAAAAACCUUGCCAACCAAAAACUCAUGACUUUCCUCAAAGACAAGUGUCUGGUUUACGUCGCUUUAGUGUUCAUUGGUUCAAGAAAUGGGAUUGGCUUGAGUAUAGUAUUGAAAAAGAUGCUGCAUUUUGUUUUGUAUGUUACUUGUUCAAGAAUGAAGUUGAUAGUUAUUCGGGGGGUGAUGCAUUUGUUGAUGGAGGGUUUAGGGCAUGGAAUAAACCGGAAAGAUUUGAGAAGCAUGUUGGUGGAAUUAACAGUGCUCAUAAUCUUGCUUAUGAGAAAUAUGUGAAUUUAAGAGAUGGAAAAAAAAAAAUCAAUCUUGAAUGUUUGGCAUUUCGUGGACAUGAUGAAAGCGGGGAGUCAUAUAAUAGGGGUAAUUUCCUUGAGCUUUUGAAAUGGUUAGGAGAAAAGGUUGAGGAAGUAAGACAACAUACUCUUGAAAAUGCACCUAAAAAUUGUCAAAUGAUUUCCCCUUCUAUUCAAAAGGACAUUAUUAAUUGUUGUGCCAAAGAAACAACUAGGUGCAUAAUAGAAGAAGUUGGUGAUGAUUACUUUGCCAUAUUAGCCGAUGAGUCAAGUGAUGUGUCCCAAAAAGAACAACUAGCUCUUGUUUUGCGCUUUGUUAAUAGAGAUAGUGGAAAGGUAAUGGAGCGAUUUUUAGGCAUUGUUCAUGUUGGUAAUACUACCGCUUUAACUCUUAAAGAUGCAAUCAUGUCUUUACUUGUUGAACAUUCAUUGAGUCCAUCUAUGAUAAGGGGGCAAGGGUACGAUGGAGCUAGCAACAUGAAAGGUGAAAUAAAUGGUCUUAAGACUUUGAUUAUGAAUGAUACUCCAAGUGCCUACUACGUACAUUGUUUUGCUCAUCAACUUCAACUAACACUAGUUGCCGUUGCUAAAAAGAAUGAUAGUUGUGGUUGGCUUUUUGAGAUACUUGCAAACUUAUUGAAUGUGGUUGGAGUUUCUUGCAAGAGAAGAGAAAUGAUUCGACAAGAUCAAGCUCAAUAA